AUGGCGUCGCGCGACCAGGCGGGGAGCAAACGCCCGCGCUCUCGCCAGUCCAUCGCCUAUGUGCCAAAGAGUAGCACGACAUUGGAUAAGGAGAAUGCCACCACAGAUAUUGGCGCGAUGAAGGGCAUUAUGGGUGCUGGGAGAACUAUGACAAGGGACAAGAAGUCCCGUAGCAAGAGUCUGGGGCCAGGAGGUUUAGAUGCUCUUCAAAUGUCGAGCGGUAAUAGACGGAAGUCAAGCAUGGCCCUUCCUUUAAAGUCUAUUCUCAAGCCAACGGUACCGGUGUCACCCCUCCGUAACAUUCCUACAUUUGAUGAAGCACGGAGACGAAAUGAGAGCCGCAGCCCAUCACCACGCAGACGGAGAGACGUGCCGAACUUACCGCAGGCAGAGGAGGGUAUGCUGAUUGAUUUCUCUACGCCAGCCAAGAUUUCAGUGACGGGAACAGAACAGUUGGACAACCCAUUUGAUGGGUUCAACGCCUCGUCAGCCAUCCGAGAUGCAAAAGAGAGAGAGGAAAAAGAACGGAAAGAACGCGAAAAGAAGGCAAUUCUCGAGCAGCGAGAAGCUCGCCGGAAAUCGAUGGCCAAUCGCCGAGUGUCGUUCGCCCCCGAAGCUACACUACACACCUGGAAUGUGGUCGAACUUGGCGAGGACUCGACAUCGUCAUCAACAGCUAACUCGACUAGACGUGCAUCCUCGUUAGCAAAUUCUACAAAUCAGACACCUCCUGAAAACCAAGAGACCUAUACAGAAGACCAAGAUGCCCCUUUUUCUCCUGUUCAGCUUGGAGAACAGCAGCCGGAAUUGUCUUCGAGCCCCUUCAGUGGAAGCUCUGCAGGAGGCAGUGAUGGGACACAGAGUCCGGCCAAAGAGGUUGACGUCGACGAUGCAGACUCGGAUAGCGAAGACUUUGACGCUCAAAGUACGGCAAUGAGUAUGGACGAUAUCACUUCUCAUACGAAUGGCAUAGAGCAGAUGGAUGACUCGAGUACAAGUUCAAGUCUGCGUCUGAACGAAGCAUUGCGGCAAGCGGCACGAGAAGCUGGGACUGUGGGUAUCGAUCUUGAAGAUGACGACGAAGUAUCCAUGGAAAUAGCGGACCAGGAGAUUACCGGUGCAUUCAAGCCCUGGAUCCAGAAAGGGCAAAGAAUCAGCUUUGAUAUGGAAGAUAUGAGCGCAUUGCAAGACCAAGAAAAUGUCGAUUCUUUUCAACGAUCGACCCGUCACGAAUAUUCUGAUACGGCUGAUGAUGUUGAAGAUGACUACAACGAGAAUGAAGAGCUUAGCAUGGAAAUCACAAAUGCCGUUGGGAAGAUUCUCGGGGGCGCUCCUAAUCGUUCGAGCUUAGGCUAUCGAAAAUCUAUAGGAGAGCAAACUAAUUAUGACGAGCAAACAAUGGAAUUGACGAAGGUUGUUGGUGGUAUUGAAAAGCAGCACUCUCCCACGAAGUCAGAUGUUGACAGCAAUAUGAACGACGAUGAGGAAAUGACUAUGGAGUUCACAUCGGUUGUUGGUGGAGUGUUAAGUAAACAGGCACCUGGCAUCUCGCAUUCCAAUAAUAACGAUUCUGCUAGCGUGGAGUCACAACGUAGUGAGCAAGUUGGGCGCGACUUCUCUGAAUGGGGUGAUGGUGACGAAGACGAGGAUGCAGGAAUGGAAAUGGAAUUCACCGGCGCAGUUGGUGGAAUACUAUCUCCUAUUUUUGAGGAGAGAACUGACUCACAAGAUGGGCAUACCGCUGGCAUGGACAUCACCGCAGCAGUAGGCAGGAUCCUUCCGCCUGGAUUAGACACUUCCGAUAAGGCUCAGGCAAAGCAACUCAUGGAGUUAGAAUCCGAUGCAGGACAGCUCGUUAGUUCGCCUUUCCAAGACCAAGUGCCACAAUCUCCCCCCAAGCCCUUAGCAUCACAUCACGUUGCUUCCGUCGCGUCUGAGACUGGAAGCCCCAAUCUUGCUAGUGUUCGCUCGAGGCGUACAAGAAGAGACUCAGCAUCAUCUGCUGCCAAUUUCUCGCCAAUUCGGCAAAUGACCCCCAGCAAGCCUCGAACACCAACACAGCACCUGACACCUCAACGCGCUCGUCCAAUAACUCCUGGAAAGACACCUCCUUCGAGUAAUAUAACUUUUAGAAGCGCAUCGCCCAAGAAGCUGUUCAGGGAGGAAAUCAAAGCCUCAGUGACAAAGUCUCAUACUCCUGAACGAAGGAGCCUUUUCGAAGACAAUGCGAAUGGCAACUCAACUCCGGCUUUUAUUUUGCGACCUCAUCCAAGGUACUCUUCAGGCCUAGGUGUUGAUAAAGAAGGUCUAGGUUCACCCAAGGUUGCCGACAUAUUGGAUCGUCGUCGCUCUAUAGGCGAAGAUGCACAAGAAUUCGUCCCUCAAGAGUCAUCACCCAGACGACUUCGCUUUGAAGACCCCGUCAAGCUUCAUGAAGAGGUCGAUCGUGAGCGAGAAGAGGAAGAGAGUAGAGAGGCAGGAGGUACGCCUGUGCUCCAGGUUUUUGAACCUGACGCUACGUCGAACUUGAGAGAUCUUAUUUCGAGCCUGACGCCCAAGAAAAGAAAAGUGGGAAACCGGAAGAGUUUACAUGUCGGAGCGGCAAAGGGCUUACUAGGAAAGCGACCAAUUGAGCUUGAUGACGAGGAGGAAGAAGAAGAAUCCCCCAAGCGAAUUCGUGCUGCUAAUGCGAGUCCAGUCAAGCCUGUGAAACUUCCUGCACCCCCAACCAAAGAAGAGACAGUGAGACGUGUGAACCGUGGCUCUAUGGGGAAGCCUUUUAAUCUUUCACCCGAGAAGCAAGCCAGUUUUACGCCACGAGGACAGCCCCCAAGGCCACGAAGCCCUCUAAAGUCUAGGAGCCCUGUCCAGACAUUGUAUAGACGGGACAAUACCGCGACCGACGAAUACCAAAUGGAAGGUGAACAAGUUGCCGACGAAAACCAAGAGAAUGUCGAAGAUGAUGCAAAUUGGGAGCCAAUUCAGCUACAGGACUUUCUAAACUUAACCAAUAUCCAUUUUAUGGAACUGACAACUACUAAGCGACGACAUACUACUGUCCCAGGAAAUGAUAAAACUAUGGAUGUUACAGGUUCUCGGGAGCCGGAAAGGAGAAACAUCACUUUCGAAGAUUGCGUUGCAGCAGGAUUCUGCACGGUGCCGAUGCUGGAAUUAUACCAACAUUCUUGUCGUGAGUUGAAGUCAUACAUUUCCGAAGGACGCCAGAUUAUUCGCUCGAUCGAAGAAGAGACUCUUGCCGAAAAUCCUCCACUAUUCCGUGAAUACGUUACGGCUCGACCUGAUAUUCGCCUUCUUAUGGACAACCAAUUUCGCAAUGUGAAAACCCAUGCUAGACUCCUAAGCAAGGCGAUGUGGUAUGAGUGGCGAAUGAAAUUGCUCGAAGGACUCAAGGAAGGACUAGACCGUCAUGUUGAGGAGAUGAAAGCAGAUGAUGCUCUACUUUCGCAACAAGAGAGCAUCUUGCAGGAUGUUGUUCCUGAACUUGUCGCAAGACGCUCCGUGUUGAAUUCUGAGGCGACGAAAUUGCAAGAAAUUGUAGAUGAGAUGGAGAGUUGUGAUCCUGAGGAGCUGCGCAUGGCCCGUGAACGACUAUCUAAUGUCAACGCUGAGAUUGCAAGGAAAAGAAGACAACUGGAAGAAAUGCAAGAGAAUCUUCAGGAUAAAACCGACACAAUUGAGGCCGGAACAGAAUUGAAAAUGGAAUUCAUGGAACAGAUUCGCGAAGCGGAGCGAGUACGGGAAGAAUGUAGGGGCUGGAGUGUUAAGGAGGUGAAUGCUUUAAAGGAUUCUGUCAAGAUGUUGGAAAUGCAAACUGGAUGGUCUAUUGUAUCGGCUACGAAUAAGUUUGAACGGACUGGACCUGGAUUGACUCUGAAAUACAAGGAAGAGCUUGAAGUCAAGUUCUAUCCCAAGCUCUUGAAAUCUGCCACGGCAUCAGACGAAACCAAGGGGGCAGUUCCCUUUGAGCUCGCAUAUUCUGCACACAAAGCCGCGCAUUCUCUUAGUAUCCCGCCGGUCAAAUCAGUCAUCCUCUCGCAUAUACGCACUGCUAUGAAAUCCAUCCCGUCCUCGGCCUCAAUCAAACAAAUCUUCCAAUUCAUGUCUGACGCUUGGGAUUUAACAUACCAGUUUGAGGAAGAAAUCCGGAUCCUUAAUUUCUAUGGGGUCACCAAGACCGCACUCCUAGACAAUGCCGAUGCGGGGGUAACCUCGCGCGCAAGAUGCAUUCUUGUUGGGACUGUUGAUGCGGGACAGGAAGCUCGACAGGCUCGAAUCGAUGUGGACUUUUGCGUAACCCCCCGAGUUGACCAAACUAAAAAGGAAGGCUCUGAAGGGGUAGUCGAGAAGCUGCAGUUAUAUACUGAGGUGGCCGUGAGCAAAGUCUAUGGGUUUCCCGAAGAUGGAUCACGCAAGAAGGUCCUGUCGGACACGCAGAUGCGGGAUGUCAUUCUACGCAAGCUGGGGAACAAAAGCAAAGGAGCUGACACAUCGUUCGGGUUGACGGUCAAUCUCGGACAGGGCAGCUGGGGAAGGUCAGCCCAAGAGCUGGCGUUGAAAGUGUUUUCGUGA